GGUUGCCACAAGUGUGAUUUGUCUGUACACCUGUUUCAGUGAUAUUUUUCAUCUAGGGACAGUUUAUGCGUGGCAAGAACAGGCAGAAAUAGAAAGGUUAAUCAAAUAUUUCCUGUCCCGCCUCCAUCUGCUUAUGGGCGUUCCAGUAUUCUAACGGGAAAAAACGUAUCCGGUUCAGACAUCGACUCAUGCAGAAAGCCUUGAGCUGUUAAAAGCGGGCUCAGGAUGUUUCAGUACUCGAUUCUGACGAGGCCAGAUUCUCUGUUGUGAUGUCUAAAGAUUUUAAAUUAAAUCAUAAUUAUGUGCAUUAGUUUUACAUCUGUCUCAUUAUAAGGAUAGAUAACUGCAAGUUCACAGGCGUUAAUGAGACACCAUGGACCGCGACACAGAGCGUGCUCAGUUUGUAGACGCCCACUGGGCAGAGCUUGUUCAGAGGGUUGAAAAGGUGAUGGCGAUAGCAGAAGGGCUGCAGUCAAGUAAUAUGCUACACUGGGAGUCAUAUUGUAAUAUCAAAGCAGCAGAUACCAACCAGAAGAAAAUGAGAGAGCUUUAUGGAACAUUGCACUCUGGUGGAAACACAGUUAAAUCUGCGUUUUACUCUGGACUGGAAAAGCAUGAGUCACCCUUGCUUGUAGACCUGGGUAGCAGACCACAAACUGCAGAAGGUCAGUUAGAAAUUUUAGAUAAAUAUAAGAAGUGGAUCCAGAAAGAAUAUGAAUUUGUGACAGAGUAUAACUCUCUGCCUGGUGAACACGUGCUCCUGUCUGAGCGCUACACACAGCCUCUGAUCAUCAUGAGACACAGAGAAAAGAGAGAGCGAGAAGAAGAGAUGUGCUCCAUGGGAGACAGUUUCCAGCAGCUCCUCAGCUCAAGGAGUAAUGCAGACAAGGACACCUCUGUCUUGGAUGCACUUUUCACUGCAGGUAAUAAGGGAAUCAGUCCCAGUGCUGUCAUUCUCCAAGGAAACUCUGGGAAUGGAAAAUCCUUCACUGCACAAAAGAUCAUGUUAGAUUGGGCAUCUGGAAAUCUCAGCAGAGAGGAAUUUGAGUACAUCUUUCACUUGAAAUGCAAAGAACUGAAUCGCAUGUCUGGAGAGCAGAGUUUGCUAGAGCUUUUGAGGUACAACUCUAAUUUAACAUCAGUUCAGAUCUCACAGAUGCUGCACAAGUCACAAGAAAGAGGGCUUUUCAUCAUUGAUGGAUUUGAUGAGCUCAGAUUUCCAAAUGGUGACAUGCCUAACACAUCAAUACCCAACCAUUUGUCUGAAAAAGCUCUACCUGAGGCUUCUCUGAGGGCUUUGUUGAGUGGUCACAUUUUGUCUGAGUCCUGCCUGCUCGUCACCACCAGAUCUACUGCUACAGAUGUGCUGAGCAAGCUGCUCAAGAAACCUCAGUGUUUCACUGAGAUAAUCGGGUUCUCUGAGAAGGAGGUGGAGGAGUACUUCCAGAAGUUUUUUCAGGAUGAGGAACUCUUCAGUAAAGCUUAUGAGUGUGUGAAAGCCAAUGAAACCCUCUUUACUGCCUGCUCCAUCCCUGUCAUUUGCUGGAUCAUCUGCACAGUUAUCAGAGAGAGGUUCAAUGAUGGUGUAGAUGUAACAAGCGGAUUAGAAACAACCACCUCCAUAUAUGUUGACUUUGUGUCCACUCUUCUGGAGCAUCACUGCCAGGGUUUGAAUCAGUCUGUCCUGACCCUGCUGGGGAAUUUGGGUCAACUAGCAGAGAGAGGGAUGCUGGAAAAGCAAGUCCUGUUUGAUGAGAAAACGGUGAAAGAAACCGUUCCAGACCCUGCUGGUAGUCCAUUUCUGGGAAAGUUCCUCUUUAAGAAACGAACCCGCCAGGAGACAAUGUUCAGUUUUAUGCAUCUCAGUUUUCAGGAGUUUUUCACUGCUCUUUACUACAUCUCAAUGGAUGAAAAAGAGUUUCUGAGUAAACUAAUAGAGCGGUUUCACUCUCACUGGCAAAGCUACGGUGCCGAAUACAUGGAUGAGAAUUGUCCAUUAAAGUAUGGAUGUCCUGAAGGUCAUUUCCUGCCUGUGAUUCGGUUCCUCUGUGGUCUCUCCAAUAAGGAAGUGAGCAGCUUUCUCAAGGAGACACAUAGUCUGUCAGUCCCUUCCUCUGUAAUUGCACAGCUGGAAGAAUGGAUCAUUCAUGUCAGCACAGAUCAAGUCUACAAUUUCUUGCCCUUCAUUCUUCACUGUCUCUAUGAGCUCCACGAAAAGGACUUUGUGCGGAAAGCCAUUGAAGCUUGGAGGGAGAUAGACAUGUCCUGGGAUCCACUAAGCAGGACAGACUGCUGGGCACUGUUAUACUGUCUGGAGUGCUGUCCUAACUUCAGAAGCCUGAAGCUUAACUUUGCAGCCAAGGAGCUGAAAAUGCUUCAGUCUGUGCUACGCAGGACGCCCAAACUAGAGUUGACGGUGCAAAACUUUUCAGACACAGAUGUUACUGAUCUGAUCUCAGCUCUUGGAGAAGGAAAGAUACUGACAGAGUUGCGGCUGAACGGCAGUUGUCUGUCAGAUCAGUGUGUGCAGCAGGUUCUUCUUGCUUUACGCAAACAAAGGACUGUGGGUGGACUUCAGGUUGCAUUGAAGAACAUCUCCGCUGACAUUGCACUCAUUAUCACUGACUUUCUGCAAAGCACAGAGAAAUGGGAGGAGAUCAGUUUAAUGACGAAUGUGGCCUGCAGUGAUGCAGAGAAUCUCUGCUCGUCCCUGAGACUCUUUAACUUUGACGGAAAGCUUGUGUUGAAUGUGGUGAGGUGGUGUUCAAGCCCACAGAAUGAACCCUCACUCUCAGAAAUCAUUCUGAAAUUUCCAUGCCUAGAAGUGCACAGUUUUAAUCUGAAGACUUUCUUACUGGCAUUCCACAAUGUAAACUGUUCAACAGAACAAAGUGCAGAUUUUGAUAAACAGGUAGAUGCUCUGCUGUCUCAUCUACCCUCUGUGUCUGGUUUGAGUGGGAUUCAUUUUUCUGUUCCCCUCCUGACUGAGAGAUGGGCUUCCAAAAUCCUCUUCCUUAUCCAGUCCUGCCCUAGUCUGGCAGGGCUCAGUUGUAAUGCUAGUUCAGGGAGCUCUGGUGAUGCACAGGGGAUCCAUGGAUUUUUAAUGGAGGAGGGAAUCAGAUUACUGAAGGAAUCUCCCAAACGUCCUGACUGUACUCUGAAGAUUAGAGGGGUCCGAUGCUGUAAAUCCACCGCUGACCGCUGCACUCAUCAGACCGAAGAGUUCGAGAAACUCGACUGCAACCAGAGAGUGACCAUUGAGUUCUGUGGGGAGACAUGUACAGAAGAAAUAAACUGAGUUCUGAUAAGGAGUGAAAAAGUAACCAUCUUAAAUUUCAACUGCUCUGACAGUUUAAAAUGAACAUCAAGGGUGUUUGAUCAGUCUGACUUUAUAUAAUGAUCACUCCUUUCAGAAAUGAGCAAUUAUCCCACAGAUGAGUUCAGAUGUAUGUCUUGACAUCAAGACCUGUGGCCUGUUGUAUCCAUUUGAGUGAACAUUUAGAGUGUGUUGAAUCUAUGCCAUGUGAUGUGAUUCAUAAGUUCUUGAAUUUAAGCUCAAAUUAUAGUCAAGCCAGUUUUAUGUAUAACGCUUUUCACAAUGCACAUCGUUUCAAAGCAGCUUUACAGAAAAUUGUGCUGUAAUGUCUGUAAGGUCUUGAAGUUCUCAUUGAGCAGUUUCAUUGAAAAAUGUCAUUGAAAAUCAUGCCUUAAAAUAAGAAUAUACAGUAUAUACCCCUUAAAAAACCACAAACAUACAGCUGUACAAUGCCGAUAAAAUAUUUCCUGAUUUGAGGGAAGAAUGUCACUUGUGUGCAAAAAAUGUGACCAAAACACUUUGUCUGUGUGGGCAUGAACAGAUCCACACGUGCUCAAUUUACAAAUCCACGCACCAGAAGAAUGCACAAAUAUACUGGUUUCUUUGCUCACAAUACCAUCCACAAGUAUUUCUCUAUAAUCUGAAAUGUGUUAUAGGUUUUUAUUAAUAAUAAAACUACAUUUUUAUCCAUGAUGGCAAAGCCCCAUUUUCAGCUGCCAUUACUCCAGUCUACUAAGAAAAUAAAGUGUCACAUAAUCCUUAAGAAAUCAUUUAAUAUGUUAAUUUAGUAAUAAAGUAACAUUUAUUUUGGUUAGAACGGUUCAAAUGUUUGUGCUGCUUAAUGAAGUGCAGAAAUCGCACUAUAGGGUCUUUUUCCAGCUGAGGUGUUUAAUUUUUUUUUUUAAGUUACUUUACACUUGCAAGUCAAAUUUCAGUUUUAAAAAUAACCAAAAAGUAACACAUUUCUUCUCAGAUUAAUCAAUCUAUUGUUCUUUUGAGAGAUGAAGGCUAUUCCAUGCACUUCUGUUUUGAAAGAAUAAAACAAACUUGAUCUAACCUGGACAGAGAGAAAAGUGCACAACCCAGAUGCACAAGAAGAAGACAAGAACAUCAAAGUCUCUAAUUUAAGAAACAGACUCCUCACAGGUCCUUAACUAGCAGCUUUAAUUAAAAGUAUAUGCCGAACAGUUGCAUUGCUGCAAGUAGAUGAUUCUUGGAUGAACAGAAAGUUUGAAGAAUACAUGAAAUAGUCAAUUGUAAAUUUAUAAAUGCCUUUAUUGUAAUUUUUCAAUUAUUUUCAAAUCAACUUAAUGCAUCAUAGGUGAAACUCGUGGAUAUGCAUGUAUGCUCCGCCCAGUGCAACCAAAAAUCUCAGAAACAAAAUAUUUCGAACACCGGAUAUCGAAUUUGCCCAAAAUAAAUGACAGUUCGGAAUGGCAUACUACCAUAUUCUGUAUGUGGAUCGAACCAGUCAGCACCUUUAUUUUAAAUUAAAUCUAUUUAAUAAGGUCUCAUUACUCUUUUCUUCCCUAUUUGCCAGCACAGUCAAAUAUUUAUAAAACAUAUUUAAAAUCUGGCAACAUCAAAGUCAGUCUUCAUCCUGAAGGUUCUCUGUUGGUGCUAUGAGAUCAACAAGGUCACAUUGGCUCUGGUGAGUUUUUAUAUAUUUAUUUAUUUAUUAUUUCAUGGUACUUUUCAGUGUCAGCCAUGACAUGUCAACUCCAUCCAGAUAAUUUCCCUCAUUUUAAUUAGGAGCUGGCCUCUGCAUUUAACACAUUUAUGACAUGCAAAAUACUGUAUAUUUAUUUAUUUUGUAGACAUUGUUAGCUGUCAGCCACGUUCAGUAUGAAACCGACAUGUAUUCUCAACUCAUUCUUUAUGUUAAAGGAAUAGUUCACCCAAAAAGUAAAAUUCUCUCAUAAUUUACUCACCAUUAUGCUAUCUCAAACUCAUAUUACUUUUUUCCUCUGUGGAACACAAGUGAAGAUAUUUUGAAGGAUGUAUGAGUUGUUUUUAUCAAUAA